AUGGCUGAUAAAAGACGUGUCAAUGGCCCACCUGGUGGUACCAGGCCCCCGGUAUAUGCUUCUCUGCAAGAAUCCACCACAGGCGCCGCAGACCGCGCCCAGCGCCAGCGCCAACCUGCUGAACUACGGAAAAUCUUUCUGAAAACAGGAUUGAUCCCCACAGCCUCAGGCUCCUCAUAUCUUGAAUUUGAACCAUCCGCCUCCCUCGCCGCUGCCCGCUCCAACCCCAAAUCUCUGAUUCCGCCCUCAUCAGCACUCAAGGUGGCUUGCACCGUCCACGGACCCAAGCCAUUGCCUCGCUCGGCUGCAUUUUCACCCAACCUCGUUCUCACCACCCAUGUCAAGUAUGCACCAUUUGCAGCCCGCAAGAGGAGAGGGCACAUUCGCGACGCCAGCGAGCGGGAUCUUGGCGUACAUCUAGAGACCGCCCUCCGUGGCGCAAUCAUUGCUGAGCGCUGGCCCAAGAGUGGUCUGGAUAUCACUCUUACGAUCAUUGAAGCAGAAGAUGACCGCUGGUGGGGCGAUGCUCCUGAUUCGCAUGAUGCCUCGUGGGGAAUGAUGAACGUCCUCGCUGGGUGUAUCACAGCUGCCUCUGCUGCAAUUGCGGAUGCACACAUCGACUGUCUUGAUCUUGUAUCAGGUGGUGUUGCUGCUCUGGUCUCAGACGAAUCAGACAAGUCUGGAUCAAGCGUCCCACGACUCAUGCUAGAUAUGGAUCCUGCGGAGCAUCGAUCUAUUCUGUCAGCUUGUGUGGUUGCGUACAUGCCUGCGCGUGAUGAGAUUACUGAGCUUUGGCUCAAGGGAGAUAGCUCUAAAGCAGCCCUUGAGAAGGGGGAUGCCCGCACAGCCCAUGAGGCUUUGAUAGAUGGCGCUGUCGAUGCCGCUCGUGGAGCCAAUACGGUUUUGUCUGAAGCUGUAAGAGAGUCUAUUGCGAGGUCUAUUGCUCAAGUCUGA